UUAUUGUCAAAAUGAAGAAGCGUAAAACCAAGCACAAGAAGAAUAGUUCACGCUUGCCAAGCAUAACCAAAAAAUUUCGAACGAAGUUCAAUACACUAAUCAACGCAAGUACAGAAAGAGGUUAGGGCUCCUUAAAGCAUUAGAGCACUCUACUAAUAAUACAGCUGAGAGCCAUAGUAAAGCUUCCAUUAAGCUGAAAAAACAUCCAGCAACCUGUGUUUGAUUAUGAGCAACAGAAAAAGCAAAAUGAUGUAAGAUAGAGGACUAACUCUCAUGAAAAAUGUUUCCAAACUGAAAUCCAACUAGGCCAAGGCAGCCAGGAGUCGACUUCAGAAUGACCAGUUGAAUGAACAAGACUCAAAGAACCAAAUCCAGAGAGUCAAGUUCAAGAAAAUAUUCACAAAGGUUGACAAAUAAGAAGCUUUAAGGCAAUUCCACUCAGACAUUUCUAGGCGAAUGAAGCUAUUGCUUUAGGAAAAAGUGUUUCAGGCUAGUAAAUACUUGCUCACAUGGAAGCUGAUACACUUGCACUCAGUUCCUGCUGAACUUCAACAAACAUACUGGUCACAAUGAUAACUUUCAGCAUAAAACUCUAGAAAUGAGGUGAUUAUAUUGACCAGAAAACACUAAGAAUGAACAGAUGACUGAAGACAGAAAAAUCACGAGGGAAUAUCUCCAUUACUGAUAUGACAACCAUGGGCCUGACUACACAGCUGAAGCUCCAGUUACCCAAAAUAAGUUUGAAGAUACAAAAGAUGUUUCACAAAACCUUCUCAACCCUGAAACAGAAUUUUGUGACCACCAUGUUAACAAGAAGAACCAUUAUUGUAUUGAUUGAAGCAUGCAUUUGUGCUACAGAUGACUUAAAAUAAAAUAAUCCUCAUUUGAAUCAUAAGUGUACUCGAUUGAAGACCUUAACAUUAAGGUUGAACACUAAAGUUUGAAGCCAAUCUACGAUGAGCUCUUAG